CGGCAGCGGCGCGGGUGGGGUUAUGCGCUCGUGCAUGUAGCUUCUAACGUAAGGGUGGAGGGAGAAAGAUUUAGAAACGGAGAGAGAGAAGUUAUCUAUGGCUUCUCGAAGAUCAUCUCCUCAGAGCACCGCGACUUUUUAUUAAAGCGCGCGCAGGAACCGGAGGAGAAGCGAGCACGAGGAAGGAGACAUGAAUCCGGCGGGCAAGGAGAACGAGGUGCUUAGGGACGGGUCCAGAACAGCAGAGAGAGAUCAGGGUUGGAUCCCAAAGGUCAUAAAGAAGAGAGUGUGCACGACGUUCGUGGAGGAUCCUCUCAGUAAUGGAGAUCAGUGUCAGUGUGGUGGUGAUCGUGCUCGUCAUGGUUCUAUAGCUACAGGAGAUUAUUUCGGCUCUGCGAUCGUGACUCAGUGGGACUCGUCCAAACACACGUCUGAGUGUCCACCCGACGCUUUCGGAGAACUCAAGUUUGCCGGCAUCGCUCACAGACAAAGUAAUUUCCUGCGUCUCUCGUGUGACACUCCCUCUUCGCUCGUCUAUGCCAUCCUGACUCAGCACUGGGGUCUGCCUCCUCCCAACCUGGUGGUGUCGUUAGUGGGGGGCGUCGGCCAGGAGAAGGUCAGGAGCUGGGUACGAGAUGUGGUGAGACAGGGGCUGGUACGAGCGGCACAGAGCACAGGUGCCUGGCUCAUCACAGGUGGGCUGAGGGAGGGCGUGGGCCGCUGUGUCGGCGAGGCGGUGAGGGAUCACGGAGCUGCAGCUGCGUCCCAAUCCAAACUGGUCGCUCUGGGCGUGACCCCCUGGGGACUGGUGGAAAACCGCCAGCAGCUCGUCAAGGCGGAGGGCAGCUUCCCAGCCAGAUAUUACGUUCAGAAUACGUCCCAGGACUCGUGUUUCCUGGACAGUAACUAUCAGGCCUUCCUCCUGGUGGAUGAUGGGAGCGCCGGCCGGCGAGGUGGAGAGACGAGCUUCAUCACCAACCUGGAGAAAUUCAUCUCCCAUCAGCGCACUGGGAUCUGGGGCAGCGGGAAUAUCGAGAUCCCCGUGUUGUGCAUGCUGAUCUCUGGGGAUGCGUCUGUGCUGAAGAGGAUGGACAUGUCUCUGAAGAAGGCCACGCCCUGGCUGGUGUUGAACGGUUCGGGUCCUGCGGCGGACAUGAUCACGGAGCUGCUGAAUGACCUGAGCCGAUCGGCGUCCCCUGUGGACGAGGAGGGUAAAGAUGGCUCCAACCCCGAGCUCAGAGACCGAGUGCGAGAGAUCAUCAAGAGAUAUUUCCCCUCGGAGAAAACGCUGGAGAAGCUGGUGGACCAGGCUCUGAGCAUCUCCCAGAAAAGAUCUCUGAUUACGGUGUUCCACGGAGAACAGGACGGUCCUGAUGAUUUCGACACGGUCAUCCUGAGAGCCCUGGUGCGAGCCAGUAAGCAGGUGAACAGUAGCUCCAGUGAGUACACAGAGGAGCUGAAGUUGGCUGUGGCCUGGAACAGAGUGGACAUUGCCAAGAGCGAGCUGUUCAAUGGCGACAUCCAGUGGAAGUACGAUGAUCUGGAGGACUCCAUGACGGACGCUCUGGUGAACGAUAAGCCUCAGUUUGUUCGCCUGUUCACGGAGAACGGUCUGAACAUUCUGCAGUACCUGACGUACGAGCGUUUGGAGAUGCUGUACCAGUCUCUCUGCAGCAACACGCUGGCCUACACACUGCUGCAGACGUGGCUGAGGGAGAGACACAACCCGGCCUCCUCUCAGACCUGUUCACCCGACUCGGCCGACGGGAACUGCAAGGACCUGAAGAGUCCCAUGACGGGGCCAUCGAGCGCCAGUGGGCUCAGCCUGUUUGAGGUUUCUCGGUUGUUAGGGGUAAUUCUGGGAGGCAUUUGCCAACCGUUUUAUUACCUGCCCCUCGGCCUGGAGCCUGGAGCGAGCUCGAGGAAAGCAGCAAAGCAUGUGAAUAAGAUUCUGCAGGGUGACUGUGCGUACCGUCAUCAGCAGGUUGCGUUCCCCUGGUCCUCUCUCUUCAUCUGGGCUGUUCUGCAGAACCGCAGUGAGAUGGCCAUGUUCUUCUGGGAGAUGGCGGGCGAGUCUGUAAUGAGCGCUCUCAGUGCGUGUAAGAUCCUCCGAGAGCUGUCCAAGCUGGAAAGCGAGACUGAGACCUGUCUGUCCAUGAAGGAACUGGCUCAGAAGUUCGAGAACCUGGCUCAUGAUAUGUUCAGCGCCUGUUACCAGAGCAACGAGACUCGCUCCCUCACGCUGCUCAUAAGGAUGUCCCCGUUCUGGGGCAGAGCGACCUGUCUGCAGAUGGCCACGGUGGCCGACGCGCGACUUUUCUUCAGCCACGACGGCGUGCAGACUCUGUUGGCUCAGAUCUGGUGGGGAGACAUGCACAGCCGGACUGAAGUGUGGAAACUCAUCAUGACGUUCUUCCUGCCUCCUCUCAUCUACACCGACCUCAUCACCUUCAGAGAGGAUCACGCAGAUGGUUUGGAGGGGUCGAACACCGUAGCGUUCUCAAUGGCCGAUAUCACACAGCACAUGGAGGAUGACGGUAAAGUGGAGGAUAAUUCUCAUGUUGUAGACGGGAAUGAUGACGGUGGUCACGUCUGUUCUCUCGCUGACAUCACACACACGGAGGAGGAUAUGGAGGAAUGCACUGCUUUGACCAGAGACCAAAAACGGAAACCUGCAUCUCCCCACAAACACCCAUACAUCGUACACCGAUGGCGGCAGUUCUGGUUCGCUCCCGUCACCUCGUUUCUAGGCAACGUGUUAAUGUACUUCCUCUUCCUCAUCUUGUUCGCUUACAUCCUAUUGGUAGAAUUCAGACCUCCGCCUCCAAUUGGCCCCGCCCCCAUCGAGUAUUUGUUGUACUUUUGGGUGUUUACUCUGGUCUGUGAGGAGAUUCGACAGUCGUUCGUCUGCGGCUCGGGGAGUUUUUCUCAGAGUAUGAGGUUAUACAUCCAGGACCUGUGGAACAAGUGCGACCUCACGGCCAUCUUGCUCUUCAUCCUUGGCCUCACCUGCAGGAUGUUCGAUUGGUCGUAUGAGUUUGGUCGCUCGAUGCUGUGUGUGGACUACAUGGUCUUCACUCUUCGACUCAUCCACAUCUUCGCCGUUAACAAACACCUCGGACCCAAAAUCAUCAUCGUGGGCAAAAUGGUGAAGGAUGUUUUCUUCUUCCUGUUCUUCCUGGGAGUCUGGCUAUUGGCUUACGGCGUGGCCAAUCAGGCGCUGAUAUACGCAUAUGACCCUCGACCCUACUGGGUGAUUCGGAGAGUUUUCUACAGACCGUACCUGCACAUCUUCGGGCAGAUUCCACUGGAUGAAAUAGAUGCUCAUAGGCGCAUAGAGAAGGUGUGCACCAACAACAUGACUCUGAUCCAGCAGGGAGCAGAACCGUGUCCGCAGUCUGAAGCCAACUGGCUCGUCCUCAUCCUGCUGUCCAUCUACCUGCUGGUCACCAACGUCCUGCUGCUCAACCUGCUCAUCGCCAUGUUCAGCUACACGUUCAGUAAGGUACAGGAGCACAGUGAUGUUCACUGGAAGUUCCAGCGCUAUAACCUGAUAGUGGAGUACCACUCCCGCCCGUGCCUGGCUCCGCCCUUCAUCAUCCUCUCUCACCUGCGGCUCUUCAUCAAGAGAACCAUCCGCAAGGUUCCGUCCGUCAAGAUCAAACACUUCAUGUUGGAUCUGAGGGACAGGAAGGCGAGCAGGUUGAACACGUGGGAAGCGGUACAGAAGGAGAAUUUGCUCUCGACUCUGAAUAAGAAGCUGAGAGACAGCGACACCGAGCGACUCAGACGCACGUCUUCCAAGGUGGACAACAUGCUUAAGCAGAUGGCAGAGAUUCGAGAUCAAGACCGCAGAUUGAGAACGCUGGAGUCUGAGUUGGAGUACUGCUCUAACUCCCUCUCGUGGAUAAUGGAAGAACUGGCACAGAGUGACCUGAUCAAACACACCCGCCGCCCCCCGGUCCAACGAGUUUCAGACACGGCCACACCAACCUCUCGCAAAUGAGAAACGGACCGGUCUCCAAACCAAAGGAGCUUCUGGAUUUCCGGAUUUCCACUGACUCCAACAUGAUGAGGAUGAGGAUGAUGAUGAUGAGGAUGAUGAUGAGGAUGAUGAUUUCUCCCUUUCUGGAAAAGACUUGCAGUUGGGGGAGAGAAACAUAUUUCACAGACUCUCUUGCAUUUCAAUGUUCUUUUUUUAUUUUAUAAUAAACGUAAUGUUUGAAAACCUCGUGUUCCUGUUCACACUUCUGGCACGAUCAUGUCUCUUUAGAAAGCUCUGUAAAGAUGACCAGAAUUCCUCUUCUUCUUCUUCUUCUUCUUCUUCUUCUUCUUUUUUAUCCGUAUAUUUGACUUGUAUAACAUUUUUAUAGAUUUCAGAAGUCAGUUAAUAAACACAGUGAUUAUGGGUGAAAUGUAAAGUUUUAUAAUCUGUUUUUUUGUUCAGUUUUUUAGGGAGAUGUGAUUUUAAGGGUUUUUAAAAUGUUCUAAUUUUGUUCUGAGUUGCAUUUUAUUUUUUAUUUUAUUUUCUAAAUAUAAAAGAUUGUUUGAUUAUUACGUA